UUCAAGACUGCGUUGAAGCGUCAACACCCUUUUCUGCCUUCUGCUGUAAUCCUCGUUCCUCUCUCAGAUCUGAACCUUUCUUCGUAUUUGCCCUUUCCACUUUCUUCCUCUUUAGUUUUCUCUUCCCUCCCACGCAUUGCAUUACAUUCCAAAAGGGUAUCAAGAUUUUGAUCUGAUGGCUGGCCAUAGGAGCAAUUAUGGUAAGCGUCCCCGUCCGCAUUCUGACUAUGAAAAUGGAGGAAAUAAGAGGAGGAAUGCAGGUGAUGACAGAGAGCAGUUUGUGAUUGAUCCAGAAGACACUGUGUAUCGCUAUUUGUGCCCUGCCAGAAAGAUUGGCAGUGUCAUUGGUAGGGGAGGUGAGAUUGUUAAGCAAUUGAGGAUAGACACUAAAUCGAAGAUUAGGAUUGGUGAGACUGUAUCGGGUUGUGAUGAGCGAGUCGUUACUAUCUACAGUGUCAGCGAUGAGACUAAUGCUUUUGAGGAUAGUGGCAAUUACGUGUCUCCUGCUAUGGAUGCUCUUUUUAAGAUUCAUGACAGAGUGAUUGCUGAGGACUUACAUGGUGAUCUGGACGAUGAUAUUGGUCACCAAGUACAUGCUAAGCUGUUAGUUCCGUCUGAUCAGAUUGGUUGUGUCAUUGGAAAAGGUGGGCAGAUAGUACAGAGCAUACGUAGUGAUACUGGUGCACAGAUUCGUAUAUUGAAGGAUGAACAUUUACCUUUGUGUGCCUUGAACUCUGAUGAACUUGUGCAGAUUUCUGGUGAUGCUGCUGUUGUCAAGAAGGCUCUUUAUCAAAUUGCAUCUCGACUUCAUGAUAACCCUUCAAGAUCUCAGCAUCUGCUUACUUCUGCUGUUCCGAGUGUAUACCCUGCUGGUGGCUCACUUAUGGGUCCAACUGCAGGGGCUCCAAUUGUGGGGAUAGCUCCUCUUAUGGGUGCAUAUGGGGGGUAUAAAGGGGAAGCAGGUGAUUGGCCACGGUCCUUGUACUCAGCUCCAAGGGAUGAAACAUCUUCAAAGGAAUUUUCUGUUCGAUUGGUGUGUCCAAUUGGUAACAUUGGCGGUGUCAUAGGAAAAGGCGGUGUUAUAAUCAAUCAAAUUAGACAAGAGUCUGGGGCAACAAUAAAAGUUGAUAGUUCAACAAGUGAAGCUGAUGAAUGCUUAAUAACGAUUGCAACAAAAGAGUUCUUUGAAGAAACAUUUUCUCCAACAAUAGGAGCAGCUGUGCGCUUGCAACCGCGUUGCAGUGAGAAAGUUGAAAGAGAUUCGGGAAUCAUCUCUUUCACUACCAGACUGUUAGUGUCUACCUCUCGAAUCGGUUGCCUUAUUGGUAAAGGAGGAUCUAUCAUAACUGAGAUGAGAAGGCUUACAAAAGCUAACAUACGUAUCCUGUCAAAGGACAAUCUUCCGAAAAUUGCAUCUGAUGAUGAUGAAAUGGUACAGAUUUCAGGAGAUCUUGAUGUUGCUAAGGAGGCUCUUGUGCAAGUGCUUACACGGUUGAGAGCAAAUAUUUUUGAUAGGGAGGGUGCCGUCAACACAUUCCUUCCAGUCCUGCCAUAUGUUCCUGUUUCAGCUGAUGGAUCAGAUGGCUAUGAUAGUAGAGAGGGUAAAAGACAUGGGCGUGGACAUUCAUAUUCAAGUGGAUAUGGAGGCUCUAGUGAUUUAGCAGCUGGUGAUGCAUAUGGAAGCUAUGGAGGCUCACAGCUUGGUGGCAGCAGUCUCUAUGGGGCUUAUGGAAGUUAUUCUUUGGGACGGCCUAGCACUGGGUUGUCUAGUCAGAGCAGUCUUUCUAGGAGGAGAAAUCAUGCUUAUUAAACUUGAUGCGUGUCUGCAGCUGAGAUCUGUGAAGCCUGCAGCCCGCCUACUGCCUAAACCAGAAGACCAGAUGAACCAGGGUUUGACAAACUUAUGGCCCACCUUGAUGCAUCUACCUAGAGGACCAAACCUAUAUGUGGAGACUAUUGAAAUUGGCCAUGUCCAUUUUACCUUACCUUCCAAGCUUGAUAACUUAUGCUCCCAAGAACCUACAAAGUUGGCUUGCCUUUGUUUCUAUUUUGUCUUUUUCUGGUUCAUUUGUCGUCCGAACUGAGAUUACCAUGUAGCUACAGUCAUCCCACACUUGUAUACUUGUAUGAUUGAUUUUGGGUCUUGUUUUCUGACGGUUCAUUGUCACCUGCAGUAUUUAGCUUUUAUGAUACGACACUGAUUUCUUCGCAA